CCCCAGCUCCGGGCCGAUACCAAGGAGAGCGUUAGGACAUUGCCAUGCCUGCGUCAGGAGACACGAUUGUGAUGCCGACCCUGGGUCGCCCCUUCCAGCUGGGGAUGCUGUACGACUGCCGCAACGACACCCUCAUCCCAGGCAUCACUUUAUGGGACCUGGAGACGCUUCGAAAUGAUAUAGAUGCAAAGCCACAGCCCAAGACUGAAUUUCAGAUUGUUGCAUCGGACACCAUUGAAGACAAGGCAUCAGCUCUCAAUGUCACUGCAUCGCUGAAGGCCAGUUUCCUGUCUGGCCUGGUGGAAGUGAGCGGCUCUGCAGAGUAUUUAAAUGAUACCAAGACAUCAAAGCAUCAAGCCCGCGUUUCUCUCCAGUACUCAACUACGACACAGUUUAAGCAGCUGACUAUGAACCAUUUAGGACGCCACAAUAUUUCUUACCCUGAUGUGUUUGACCAAGGCACGGCCACCCACGUGGUCACGGCUGUGCUGUACGGGGCGCAGGCUUUUUUUGUCUUUGAUCGAGAAGUUUCUUCAUCUGAGAACGUACAAGAGAUACAGGGAAACCUACAUGUUAUCAUUAAAAAGAUACCUCUCGUUUCCAUCGAAGGAGAAGGCGCUCUCAGAAUGGAUGACAAAGAAAAAGCACAGGCUGAAAAAUUUAGUUGUAAGUUUUAUGGAGAUUUUGCUCUUGAGAACAAUCCAGUUACUUACCAAGAUGCCAUGAAAACAUACUCCACCCUCCCAGCACUGUUGGGUGAGAAAGGGGAGAAGGCCGUACCGGUGAGAGUCUGGCUGUACCCGCUGACCAAGCUGGAUUCCAAAGCUGCUCAGAUGGUGCGUGAGAUCAGCACAGCGCUGAUCUUUGAUGUUCAAAUGGCCCUGGAGCAACUGACAGAACUGGACAUGCGAUGCAACGACUUGGUGAAGAAUCCGAAAAUGAGAACUUUCCCUGAAAUGCAGAAGAAAAUCCAGCUAUUCAAAGAUCUGUGCAUGCAACACAGACAGAUUUUCCAGAAAGAACUAGCAAGAAUCCUACCCUCCAUUCGUGGAGGUGGAAAAGAAGAAGGGGCCCUGGUGGACAUUGUAACCUACAAAAACCAGUCACCAUUCAAUACCCAGCAGCUCAACGAAUUUCUGGAUAAAAAAGAACGAGAAAUGAAUUUUGUCAGUUCCUAUCUUUCUAUCCUAAGGGAUGUGGAAGUGGUGUCCUCCCAGAACAAACUGGAUGAAAUAGUUCUGGAUCCUGCGAAUGAGUUUGUCGUAGCCUUUGUGUUCACUUCACUACAUGUACAAGAACCAUAUUUAUCAGAGUUAAGGUUCUGCCUUCAGACCCAGUUUCUGAAGAAUUCCCAAGAUCCUGAAUCAGCCAGUUCUGUUCGUGAGAAACCCAAACUGUGGUUUGAGGACAAAGAAAGAAACCAAAAUGCCCGAAAAGCUGCAAAAUCCGUGUCAGACUUUACUUGCGUGAAUAAAUCUAAUGGGAAGACUCGAUUCAUUGUGGCCUCUGUCCCAGAUGAACACAACCCAGGAGUUUCAGUUUACCUCUAUGAAAAUGUAGACUUGGUCAGCGCUAACUAUGAACUUCCCUCAAAACCACUUCCUCUUCUGAUUGGUGGAGUCAGACAUGACUGUGUGCAGCUCACGCUGAAACCGGCAGCCUUUGGAUUUAAGGAAAUAUCCAGCUAUAGUGUAGAGCACAGGAUUGUAAGGCAGGAGAAUUGGACAGCUGUGGGUACAAACAGUAACAAGGGGACCUUCACAGUAACAGGGCUCCAUCCAAACACCGUGUAUGAGUUUCAAUACACAGCAGUGAGCAAACCAGGGCGAAGUGUGAGCAGUGACGUGAGUGAUCCUGUGAAGACGCUACCCACCAGCCCGCCUGGAAAGCCAAAAAAAACCAUAGUAGAAUCAUUAGCCAUCACCCUCUCCUGGGACAGUCCAAGUGUCAUUGGCGAUGGAGUCAGUAUAAGCGAGUACAAGGUAGAAUAUAAAGAGGAAACCGGGGGUGAGCAGAAGGACAAAUGGAUGGAGCGAAGGACGGGACAGAGAACCGAGUCCUUCACCAUUGAUGGACUGAGGUCACAGACGCCCUACAGAUUCCGGGUGUCGGCCGUGUGUGCGGACGGGGCUGUGAGUGACCCUGGGGAGGAGGUCUCAAUUACAACAGCAGGAGAGGAAUCAAAGACACUAGCACAAGAUUUCUUGAGAAAGAGCACUCAGAUAGGAGAAGGGCGGCCCACGGUGUAUGCUCUGCCCAUAGAGAAGGUGUUUGAUUCUCGUGCAACAAAUCCAAAGUACAGGCUGGGGAAGGAAACCCUGCAGAUCCCUAACAAAGUGAUUAUGGUGAUGGGAGCCACCGGGUCGGGGAAAACGACUCUCAUCAACGGGAUGAUCAACUACGUCCUGGGUGUGCAUUGGAAGGAUGAAUUCAGGUUCCAGCUCAUCCAUGAAAUAACACACAGAAGCCAGGCCCAGAGCCAGACAUCUGAGGUGACGGCCUAUGAAGUGAAUCACACAAGGGGUUUCCAAGUCCCGUACUCACUGACUAUAAUAGACACACCGGGAUUUGGCGACACCAGAGGGAUAGAGCAAGACAAGGCGAUAACAAGGCAGAUCCAAGAGUUCUUCUCCACUCCAGGGGCCAUUGAUCACAUCGACGCUGUCUGCGUUGUGGUUCAGGCUGCACUAGCUCGUCUGACCCACGCCCAGAGGUACGUGUUUGACUCGGUGCUCUCCAUUUUCGGGAAAGACAUAAAAGACAACAUCCAAAUCCUGGUCACCUUCGCUGAUGGACAACCCGCCCCUGUACUAGAGGCCAUUAAAACAGCCGAUGUCCCUUGUGCUAAAGAUGCUCAAGGCAACCCUGUUCAUUUCAAGUUCAAUAACUCCGCACUUUUCGCCUGUAAUACUGCAGCUGACAAGGACAGUUUUAAUUUUGAUAAAAUGUUCUGGGACAUGGGAGCCAUGAGCAUGAAGACAUUUUUUGGGGCUUUAUCGAAGCUGGAAAUCAGAAGUCUGACAUUAACGCAGGAGGUCCUCAGGGAGCGGAAGAAGCUGGAGGCGGCCGUGGAAGGGCUGCAGCCACAAAUCAAAGCCGGCCUGGUGAAGCUGGAAGAACUGCGCAAGACACAGGAAGCUCUGGAGCAGCGUAAGGAUGACAUGGAGGCCAAUAAAGACUUUGAGUAUGAGGUGGAGAAAACAGUGCCGGUGCAAACAGACAUCUCUGGGACAGGUGAUUAUAUAUCCAACUGCCAGCAGUGUCACUAUACGUGUCACUAUCCCUGUAUGAUCCCUAAUGAUGCUGAGAAGCUUGAGUGUGCAAUUAUAAACAGCGAUACAGGAUGUUGCACGGUGUGCCCUGGGAAAUGUUUCUGGAAUGUUCAUUUCAAUCAAAAGUACAAGUGGGAAUACACAGUAGUGAAAGAGAAACAGACCUAUGCACAACUGAAGGAGAAGUACGAGAAGGCGUCUGGGGAGGUGCUGUCCACACAGAGCAUGGUUGAGAAGUUGUCUCAGGAAUACGCUGCAGUGGAAGGGACAUUAAUGGAUCUUAUUGAAAAAUCAUCUCGCAGCCUCCAACGUCUGCAGGAAAUCGCUCUGAAACCCAACCCGCUGUCCACCCCGGAAUACAUUGACCUGCUGAUCAUGUCGGGAGAAUAA